AUGUGGAUCUUACCUCUGGUCGGCUAUUUAGGCCUUGCACUUGGCUUCUCCUUCCUGACACUUGCCAUCGCAUCUGGACUGUACUAUCUCUCGGAGCUGGUGGAAGAGCAUACCGUCCUGGCCAAAAAGCUCUUGACAAGAUUGAUUUACCUGGUCAUCGCUAUUCAGGUCUUUUUGGUUCUCUUCGACAAGUUUCCAUGGGGACUUUCGGCUCUUGCUAUCGCCAGUCAUGGAGUAUACCACCAAAACCUACGCCGAUUUCCUAUUGUCAAACUCACUGACCCCGUCUUCUUGCUGUCGUGUGCACUUGUCAUUCUGAACCACUGGCUAUGGUUCCGCCAUUUCUCCGCUGCGCCCUCAUCUCCACCCAGACACUACAACUACUACGCUCCCAACGAGUCUAGUCCAACCUUCACCGAAGUCGCUGCGUUCUUUGGAAUCCAAGUGUGGCUUGUGCCUUUUGCACUCUUCGUCUCGCUGUCUGCCGGCGAAAACGUCUUGCCGAGCAUGGGCAGCGAGUACGCUACGGGUGCUGGCAGCAGCUUCAUUUCAGCUGGAAAAGAACCCGACCACGCAGCUACUGCUUAUCCCGGUGCUCGCAGAUCACGCUCCGGAACGAAUGCUGGCAUGGCCAAGGCUGCUGUCAAUGGCGUUCGCGAAUGGAUUGGAGAAACAGGCGAAGUUCUGGGAUUAUGGAGAGGUGAAAGGACGAGGCCUUUCUGA